CCCUGCAAACGCAGACGCGAUUUCCCAAGACGACACCUUGACGGCCGUCACGAAAGCAUGUUGCAACCUGUCAAUCUCAACUUGCGACUCGGAUCUUCCCCUACGUACUCUACGUCGGAAAGCAUCUUCGAGUCCCGUCUUAGAUAGAGCUGAGGAUCAUAUACAAAGACAUAACGCAUUAAUUCAUCCGUAUCUUUCUCCUAUUUCCUAUGGAUCCUCAUCGGGCUGACCAACACAUCUCAUCUAAAAACCCGAAAUUUUGGUGAGGCGCUUCUUCACUUGACCACAGCUUUUCCCGCUUCAGGACACCACUUGUCCUUUACAAUCCACCGCGAUGGCGGGUACCAGUCGCUUUAAAUUCCUGGCUAUAGCCAUGGUAUUCCACCUAAUUUACAUAUACUCUAUUUUCGAUGUCUACUUCGUCAGUCCCAUCGUUAGUGGAAUGCAGUUGUUCCGCGUAGAGAGACCUGCCGGAGUUAAGGCGCCGGCAGAUCGACUCGUCCUCUUUGUUGGCGAUGGAUUGCGCGCAGACAAGGCUUUCCAGUCACACCCCGAACCGUUCCCCGAAACCGAAGCCGAUGAGGUCCCGAGACCGCUCGCGCCUUACCUGCGUUCCCGUGUGCUAGAACAUGGCACAUUUGGUGUUUCUCACACGAGAGUACCUACAGAAUCUCGACCCGGACAUGUCGCUCUGAUCGCAGGACUUUACGAGGAUGUUUCUGCUGUCGCUACCGGCUGGAAAUUAAACCCGGUCAACUUCGAUAGCGUCUUUAAUAGAAGCGCUCACACAUGGAGUUGGGGUAGCCCCGAUAUUCUGCCCAUGUUCCAACAUGGCGCAACUCCUGGCAGGAUAGAUGCGGACUGCUACGACGCGGAGUUCGAGGACUUCUCUAAAGAGGCGCUUGAGCUAGAUUUUUACGUGUUCGAUCACGUCAAGGAGGUUUUUGCUGCCGCGCAAAAGAACAAGACCUUAAAUGACGCUCUAAGACAAGAGAAAGUUGUCUUCUUCUUGCAUCUCCUGGGAUUAGAUACUAAUGGUCAUUCGUAUCGACCAUACUCAAAGGAAUACCUUAGAAAUAUUAAAGUCGUUGACCAAGGCGUCAAGGAAAUAACGGAGCUAAUUCAAAAGUUUUACAACGAUGAUAGGACAGCUUUCGUGUUUACGGCUGAUCAUGGCAUGAGCGAUUGGGGAAGCCAUGGAGACGGCCAUCCAGAUAACACCAGGACCCCGCUCAUCGCAUGGGGAUCAGGUAUAGCCAAGCCGUAUGUGUAUUCGGGGACUAUCGCCCCCGGUCAUGAUGAAUACUCAUCGGAUUGGAACCUGGACCAAAUCAAGAGGAAUGACGUACAGCAAGCGGAUGUUGCUGCUCUAAUGGCCUACUUGAUCGGGGUCGAGUUUCCGGCUAACUCUGUAGGAGAACUCCCGCUGUCAUAUCUCUCUGCCAAUAUUAAAGAAAAGGCCGAAGCGUCUUUAGUGAACGCUCAGGAAAUUCUAGAAAUGUACAAAGUGAAAGAGAACAGCAAGAAGACAACAGAAAUAAGAUACCGAUCUUAUAAACCCUUAAGCGAGGAGAGCGGCUCAUCCCCCGAGAGUCGAGUGUCAUCUAUCAGAAAGUUGAUCGAUAAUGGAAACUUCGAAGAAGCUAUCGAGGAGUCUGCCGCGCUGAUGAAAAUUGGACUCGAAGGAAUGCGCUAUUUACAGACUUACGACUGGCUAUUCUUGAGAGCUCUCAUUACCAUUGGUUAUCUAGGAUGGAUGGCGUACGCCUUGACAACCGUUUUGAACCAACAUGUAUUGCAAGGUAGCACUCAGCCCUCGAGAAACCUUGGUGGCACCAUUGUCUUCUCCUCCAUCCUUGUUACACUUUAUGCGUCCUUCAUCGUGUCGCACUCGCCUAUUACCUACUACGCAUACGCCUUCUUCCCUGUAUUCUUCUGGGAAGAAGUUUACGCUCGUAGGGACAGUUUGAUUAAGGGAAGACAGGCCUUAUUUGGGCACAUCAAAACCGGGCCCAAUGUCUUAUCCCUUACGUUCAACGUUGUCGUAUAUAUUGGCAUCAUCGUGUCGCUGGCAUUUGGAUAUAUCCAUCGCGAAAUUUUUACAAUACUUUAUAUCGUGGGAGCAUUAUAUCCUUUGACUACGGGAAUAUCUUUCCUCCAGAAGCAUUCAGUUCUCUCUGCGACUUGGUUUAUAUCAUGUCUGGUAAUGAGUGUUUUUACUUUGCUACCAGCAAUGAAAAUUGAAAGCAUACCCCUUACCAUGGUUGGCGGUGCACUCAUGGUUGUUGUCGGCAUCUUGUACCUGAUUUUCGAAGAUAAGUUCCUGGCCGAUUCUUCAAGUUCAAAGAAAAGCAGCACAUUGCAGAAGGGUAAUGAAAUUUCCCGAAAUUUAAUCGGGAUUCAGGUUGGGCUUAUCAUACUGGCUAUGCUUGUAACUCGGAGCAGUGCUCUAUCACUUCAAGCAAAACAGGGCUUGCCACGCGGGAACCAGGCUGUAGGGUGGUUGGUGUUGGUCAUAUCGUUUUUGAUGCCUGUCGCUCAUCGACUUCAACCCAAUCACCAUUACCUUCAUAGGCUACUAGUUAUUUUCCUUACGUGCGCACCAACCUUCGUCAUUCUUACUAUCUCCUACGAGGGUCUAUUUUACUUCGCAUUCAGCCUGUUACUAGUUACCUGGGUACGAUUAGAACACCACGCCUACGAAUUCCUCAAGUCGACUAGAAAGGCGUCAACAGAAGACAAAGAUAACAAUAAGACGUCGGCAGAGGCGGUAGUGUCCAAAUUUCGGCCGCUAGUUCUAUCGGAUGCUCGUGUGGCCUUAUUCUUCUUCAUUCUACUUCAAUCGGCCUUCUUCAGCACGGGCAAUAUCGCGUCUAUUUCUUCAUUCAGUUUAGACAGCGUAAACCGACUGCUCCCAGUAUUUGACCCCUUUUCCCAGGGAGCACUUCUAAUUCUCAAGCUUAUGAUCCCAUUUGCGCUGAUAUCAGCGAACCUGGGUAUUCUCAAUAAGAGAAUUGGAGUAGCGCCAUCGGCGCUCUUCAUGGUCGCAAUGGCCCUGAGUGACAUACUAACACUCUACUUCUUCUGGGUAGUAAAGGAUGAGGGCUCGUGGCUUGAGAUAGGGUCAACAAUUAGUCACUUUGCCAUAGCUAGCCUUCUCUGCGUCUUCGUGGCCGCUCUAGAAGGGGUGAGCGCAUUAUUUAUUGCGGGCAUCGAGGUAAACAACUCGCACGAGGCAGCCGCUGUAAGCAACGGAAAGGCAUUGGAAGCGCCAAUAGAGACGACCAACGGGGAAACUAAGGAGCCAGAAAUAACGGCUUCAGAUGAGACAUAAAUGUGUUUAUACACGAGGCAAAUCGCUACUAUAAGCUUAUAUAAAGAGCAUAAUACAAUCUGUACAUACUAUACA